AUGGAGCGGAGUCGAUGUGAUCGGGUCGAAAGGGCCACUCUGAAAGCGACCGGAUGGACACACAGAGGCUUCCCUAGUCUCUCGUGGAAUCACCAGAUGGCUGCAGCCUGGUCGGACGGAGGAACGAGUAAGACGAAUGUCGAGGAAGGACCAGAAAGGCUGGAACAGGGAGCCGCUGCCAGCUUUUGGCGUGGAAAACAAGGCCCGGGAGUUCCUAACGCCCGAGCCAGCCAACCGACGGACAAGAGCAUCGCCCGGACUCAAGGAACGGCGACGACAACAACAGCCACGGGCCCGAUAAACGAGAAAUGGAAGACGGACAACAACCCCGAGUGCGGUGCUCUGAAACUAUAA